UCGGGCCCGUCGGCUCCCGGGGGCGCCCAGUCCUGCCCCGAGGGAGGGGGCUGCUGUGGGGAGGGGGCGGGCUCAUCCGUGCGGGCCCCCCCUUUCUUUGCCUCGAGCGCGCUCCCGGGCCCUGGCCGGCUCCUCCCAGCCCAAACUUCCCAGGCGACUUUCCAAAGGCGCGCGCCCCCGUCGCGCCCGCGCUUCCCCGGCUGGAGGAAGGAGGGAGGGAGGAAGAAGAAAGGAGGAGGAGGAGGAGGAGGAGGAGGCCGCCCCCGCCGGGCCGCCGCUUUUUUGGCCCCUCGGCGGGCCUCGCAACAAAGGCAGCCCCGGCGGCGGCCCCGAGGAGCGCCCGGGCGAGGCGGCCCCAAAGUUGGCGCAAACUUUCCUCCCCGUCGGCCGGGGCAUGGGGGGCCCCGCGGCGUGGCCGGGCCCGGGGGCGGCGUAGCGGGCCGGGGAUGGCCUCCUCGGGGGUGGGCCUGGCGCUGCUGCUGGGGCUGGGGGCGCUGGGGGGGCUGCGGGCGUCGGGGGCGUCCAACGGGAGCGCGGAGCGGUGCAAGCGCGCCGCGCCCUGCGAAGCCCUCCGCCAGCCCUCCUGCCUGGGCUCGCCGCUGCCCUACGCCGCCACCUCGGUGCUGCUGGCCGGCGACUCCCGCUCCCAGGACGAGGCCCGCGACAAGCUGCUCCUCUGGUCCGGUUUGCGAAAUGCCCCCCGUUGCUGGGACGUCAUCCAGCCCCUCCUGUGUGCCGUUUACAUGCCCAAGUGCGAAGAUGGCAUGGUGGAGCUGCCCAGCCAGAUGCUGUGCCAGGCGACGCGGGGACCCUGCACCAUCGUGGAACGGGAACGGGGCUGGCCCGAUUUUCUGAAAUGCACCACAGACCACUUCCCAGAAGGAUGCCCAAAUGAGGUCCAGAAUAUCAAGUUCAACAGCUCAGGGCAGUGCGAGGCCCCCUUAGUCCGGACAGACAACCCCAAGAGCUGGUACGAGGACGUCGAGGGGUGCGGGAUCCAGUGCCACAACCCCCUUUUUACUGAGAAGGAGCACCAUGAGAUGCACGUCUACAUCGCCGCCUUCAGCUCGGUCACCAUUUUCUGCACCUUCUUUACCUUGGCCACCUUCGUAGCAGACUGGAAGAACUCGAAUCGCUACCCUGCUGUCAUCCUCUUCUACGUCAACGCCUGCUUCUUCAUGGGCAGCAUUGGGUGGCUGGCCCAGUUCAUGGACGGGGCCCGCAGCGAGAUCGUGUGUCGAGCGGACGGGACCAUGCGGCUGGGAGAGCCCACCUCCGACGAGACCCUCUCUUGCGUGAUCAUUUUCAUCAUCGUCUACUACUCCUUGAUGUCGGGCGUGAUCUGGUUCGUCAUGCUGACCUACGCCUGGCACACGUCCUUCAAGGCCCUGGGCACCACCUACCAGCCGCUGGUGGGCAAGACCUCCUACUUCCACCUCGUGACCUGGUCGAUCCCUUUCGUCCUCACGGUCGCCAUUUUGGCUGUCGCUCAGGUGGACGGGGACUCGGUCAGCGGCAUCUGCUUCGUCGGGUACAAGAACUACCACUAUCGGGCGGGGUUUGUGCUAGCCCCCAUCGGCCUGGUGUUAAUCGUGGGGGGCUAUUUCUUGAUCAGAGGCGUGAUGACCCUCUUCUCCAUCAAGAGCAACCACCCCGGCUUGCUGAGUGAGAAAGCGGCUAGCAAGAUCAACGAGACGAUGCUGCGGCUGGGGAUCUUUGGCUUCUUGGCCUUCGGCUUUGUGUUCAUCACCUUCGGCUGCCACUUCUACGAUUUCUUCAACCAGGCGGAAUGGGAGCGCAGUUUCCGGGAGUACGUCCUCUGUGAGGCCAAUGUCACAAUUGCGACUCAGACCAAUAAGCCCAUCCCAGACUGCGAGAUCAAGAACCGGCCCAGCCUCUUGGUAGAGAAGAUUAACCUCUUUGCCAUGUUCGGGACUGGUAUUUCCAUGAGCACCUGGGUAUGGACCAAAGCCACCCUCCUCAUCUGGAAGCGCACCUGGUGCAGGCUGAUCGGCCGGAGCAGCAACGAGCCCAAGAGGAUCAAGAAGAGCAAGAUGAUCGCCAAGGCCUUCUCCAGGCGGAAGGAGCUGCAGCAGAACCCCCUUCAGGAGAUGUCCUUCAGCAUGCGUACCGUCUCGCACGAGGGGCCCGUGGCUGGCCUGGCGUUUGACCUGAAUGAGAGCCACGGGGUCCGACGUUUCUCCGGGCUUUGGGCUCCAAGCAUCUGCUUUAAGAUGGUGGCUCGCAGGGGAGCCAUCUUGCCUCAGGACGUUUCUGUCACUCCCGUGGCCACACCUGUGCCCCCCGAGGAAAGGGCUAGCCUGUGGGUAGUGGAGGCCGAGAUCUCCCCCCGGCUGGAGAGGAAGCUGCGCCGCAAGAAGAAGAAGCGCCGGAGGAAGAUGGAGGUGAGCCCCGACCGGCCGGGCGACGCGCGCUACGACGCCCCCGAAGUGGACUCCUUCGCCCCCAGAGACGUCAGCUCCGUUCCUCGCCUUCCUCAGCUCCCCAGGAAUAAGUGUUUGGUAUCCGGCCCCAAAGAACCCGGGAACGACACGCUGCCGUCGAGAGGUUACCCCAGAUCGAGACCCGGCGCUCUGCAGCGGGAAGACCUGUUUUCCAGGGGGAUGUGUGAAUCCACGGCCGGCUACAGGCAGACCAGCGCCCUCCAUUCCAUCAGCCACCCCUUUUGCCCCGAAGACGGCCUGCCAGACGAGGCGGGACUCGGGAACGCCGCUCGCCUGUACCCCGUGCCUCACCCGCAGCUUCAACGCAGCAGCUUUUUCCAGCAGCUCAGUACGGGUCCGCCCCCCGCCUCCUUAUUCUUCAGGAACAGCCCUUACCCGUCCCAGACUCAAGCGAGGGGGUUGCCCCCCAUCCACUCCCGGACCAACCUCAUGGACGCCGAACUGCUGGACGCAGAUUCUGAUUUCUAGGAGUUGGGACGGGACUUCCGUGAUUAGGGGUCAGACGUGAGUUUCCUCGGGGAAGGGGUAAAAGGGCCUCCAACCUUGGUGCCCCCAAAACUCUCCCCGGCUGCUGCUUCGCCCUGAGACUUGAGGCUGAGCUUCCAAGAAAGGAUUUUGUUUCGAAAAGAGUUCUUUUGCCGCGCACCCCGUCUCGCCGUUUGUUUCCAGACUGGCUCGUUCACGGCUUUGCACGCCGGAGCCUCCGGCUUCCAUUUAAGACCUUAGAAGCCCUUCUUCUCCGCCUUCCCUUCGGGCAGCGCCGGAUCCUGCUCCGUGGGCCGGCCCCGACGUGUGCUCUAGAAAAACGGGAAGCCCUCUAGCGGCUUGCUCUUGGUCCCUAGCCUUAUUGUGGGACUGAAUUGUGCCAAAAUAUUGAUAGCUUUGGUAUAUCGAAGGCAGCCGGGAGAAGGCCAGGUUGCCACCGGCAAAGAACAGACCCAGGAGGGCAAAGCACAGUUUGCCUGCUCUGGGAAGAGACCUGCCUCUUGGGUCUGCUGGUAUCCUGAUUGCAAAAAUGGCCCCACAGGACUCACAGGAUCUUAAGAACAUAAGAACUAGCCUGCUGGAUCAAACCAGAGUCCAUCUAGUCCAGCUCUCUGCUACUCGCAGUGGCCCACCAGGUGCCUUUGGGAGCUCACGUGCAGGAGGUGAAAGCAA